AUGAUAUAUGGGGACUGGGAGGAGGGGUACGAGCAGUUGCCAGCAAUGUUCAAUGCAAUGAAAGCAGCAAAUCCAGGCAUGCAUUACGAGUACAUUCCGAAGCCUAAUGAAUGGAGGAAUGGGAGGCAGAUAUUCUUUCGUGCAUUCUGGUGCUUUCCACAGUGUGUCCAGGCCUUUAGGCACUGCCGUCCAGUGUUAUCAAUUGAUGGUACUUUUCUGCUUGGCAAGUACAUGGGCACUCUUUUGGUAGCCAUUUCCUGUGACGCAGACAACGCAUUGGUUCCUUUGGCUUUUGCUUUGGUGGAGAGAGAGAACAAAGACAGCUGGGGUUGGUUCAUGCGCCUUGUUCGGAUACAUGUCAUUGGCCCACAUAGGGAGGUUGGUGUCAUAUCUGAUAGGCACCAGGGCAUACUCAGUGCCGUACAGGAGCAGAUUCCUGGUUAUGCACCUUUGCACCAUCGUUGGUGUACUAGACACCUUGCAGAGAAUUUACUUCGGAAGGAUGGUACGAAGGACAACUUUCCUCAAUUUGAGGAGGUAGCUCGAAUGCUUGAGGUGCCGUUUUUUGAGGAGAAGUUGGAGCAGUUAAAAACCGCAACAAAUGCAGAAGGUAGGCAGUGGCUGCUAGGUUUGAUGAGGGAACCUGAGAAAUGGACAAGAGCCUAUGAUGAUGGUGGAUGGAGGUACGAGUUUCAGACUAGCAACAUGGCAGAGUCAUUUAAUAGUGUGCUCAAGGGUAUACGUGCCAUGCCAGUCAAUGCCAUUGUAUCUUUUACCUUUUAUAGGCUAGUGGCCUGGUUCAACGAUAGACAUGCUCAAGCAUUGCAAUUACAGAGUAAUAAUAUGAAAUGGGCACCUAGACCUAAGAAGCACCUUGACAAGGCAAAGGAAAGGGCUAGGACACAUGACAUAGAGUGUUUUGACCAUGCCACUGGCAAGUACCAGGUCACUGAGAGGGGUGGUACAACGUCAGAUGGUGAGAUCCGACCAUCAAGGAGUUAUAUUGUUGUCCUUACUGAUUUUUCAUGUGGAUGUGGGAGACCAAGACAGUACCACUCUCCUUGUUCUCACUAUAUUGCAGUAGCUAGGCAUCGCAACUUUGACUACGAGACCAAGAUACCAUGGGAGUUGAGUGUUGAUAGCCUUGUGCUAACUUGGUCGCCCCAUUUUGAGCCUUUCCUAGAUGAGGGGCAGUGGCCAGAAUACAUUGGCCCAAGGUACAUUGCAGAUUCAGGUGCUCGCUGGAACAAACGUGGAACCAGAAAGCGGACGAGGCAUAAGAUGGUCAUGGACCAGAUUUCAGGAUGGAGCAGUUCCACCUCCUGGAUCCAUACUACGAGGAGAAGCACCGAGGACGACUCACUGCCGAGGGGGCGGUACUUACUUUGA